AGUUGGUGCUACUCCUCGUCAUCACACUCUGUUUGAGAUGCUCGGCAACUUUGCCUUUGACGGCGCUCUGCUCAAGCAGGAUGCCAUCGAUCUCGCCUGGCGCUUCCUCACACAUGAUCUGGCUCUUCCUCGCGAUCGCCUUGCUGUCUCGGUCCAUGUCGACGAUGCCCGUGCCUACGCACACUGGACCAAGAGCAUCGGCCUCCCGCCCGACCGUGUCUUCAAGCUCGGCGACGCCGACAACUACUGGGCCAUGGGCGAGGUCGGGCCCUGUGGUCCCUGCACCGAGAUGUUCUGGAUUCCGGAUCCGCUGGUGGGCAAGCCGCUGGAUAGCCUAGACGAGUGUCUUGAGCUGUGGAACGUGGUGUUUAUGGAGGACGAGGUCCGCGCCGAUGGUGUCCGCGCCAAGCUCCCGGCGCCGGCCGUCGAUACCGGCAUGGGCCUGGAGCGCCUGGCCUCGGUCGUUCAGGGUGUCUCCUCCAACUACGCCACCGACGCCUUUGCUCAGCCCAUCGCCGCCAUGCUCGCCAGCGUCCCGUCUCUGGCUACCGUGAACUACUCGGUCGACUCGGCCGCUGCGGACUCGAUCGCCGUCCGCGUCGUCGCCGACCACCUCCGCUGCCUCUCGUACCUCAUUUCCGAGGGCGUCAUGCCAUCAGCCUCGUCGCGCGGCUACGUCGCUCGCCGCAUCCUCCGCCGCGCCCUCCUCCACGCCCACACCGCCCUCGACCUGCACGACCCGUGCCUCCCGGCCCUUGCCGCCCCGUUUGUUGCCUCGCUCGCCGACUCGAUGCCGCGCGUCGCCGCCGCCACAGACACCAUCAUUCGCACCCUCGAGGCCGAGGAGCAUCUCUUUCGCGCCACCCUUGACCGCGGCCUUGCACGCUUCGCCGCCGCCGUCCGCCACACAGACGCGCUCUCGGGCGCUGACGCCUUUCAGCUCUACGACACCUACGGCUUCCCCAUUGAUCUCACCACCAUGCUCGCCGCGGAUGCCGGCGUCACCGUCGACGUCGCAGGCUUCCACGCUGCCCUGCAGGCCUCGCGAGAGGCCUCUCGCACCGUAGCGGGCGCCGCCGCUGAGCCUGCCUGGGAAGCCGCCGCCGCCGAGUCUGCACUGCUUGCGCAGCUCGGUGCUCAGCCGCCAGCCACGCAGUUUGUCGGCUACGAUGACCUUGCCGUCACCGCUGCGCCGGUUGCCGCCUGCUGGUCGCCGCCGUCCGCGCCGCAUCGCGCCUACGUCGUCGUCGCCGCCUCGCCGCUCUACCGCGAGGCCGGCGGCCAAGUCUCCGACUCGGGCGUACUCGUCACGCCGACCGGUCAGGAGCUUGUUGUCUGUCAGCUCCUCCCGCUUGCCCGGGCUCCGAGCACCGCCGUUGUCGUCGUAGAGUCCAAGGGCGGCGAGUCGAUUGCGCUCGCUCCCGGCGACGCCGUCGAUGUCGCUGUCGACGCUGCUGCCCGCGCCCGCACCGCUGCCCACCACUCGGCGACGCACCUCCUCCACGCCGCCCUCCGCGCCGAGCUCGGCGAGUCGGUGGCGCAGGCCGGAUCGCGGGUCGAGCCUGCCCGGCUCCGGUUUGACUUUUCGGUCGAGCCAGGCAAGGCCAUCACGCCGGAGCUCCUCCGGUCGGUCGAGGCCUCGGUCAACGCCGCCGCCGCCGCUGACCUUCCGGUGGAGACCCGCGAGACGACGUAUGCCGACGCUGUCGAACGUGGCGCUCUCGCUCUCUUUGGCGAAAAGUACGAUCCGUCCUCGGUCCGCAUGGUCUCGAUGGGCGAUGCGUCGACCGAGCUCUGCGGCGGGACACACGUGGCGUCGACCGCCGCUCUCGCGCCCUUUGUCGUCCUUGGCGAGCGUGGCAUCGGCGCCGGCGUUCGGCGCGUCGAGGCCCUCGCCGGCCCGGCCGCCGCAGACUACCUCGUUGCCCAGCACGCCGAGCUCCGCGCAGCCGCCGCCGUCCGCGGCAUCGCCCCGACAGCCUCGGCCGUCGCCGCCUCGGCGCUCAAGACGCUCCGCAAGCAGCAGCGCAAGACCGGUCCCGCCAGCAAGUCGGUAGGCCUUGUGCCAAUCGCCGAGCUCUCUGCUGGUGCGCUUGCCGUGUACUCGGUGACACGCGAGACGCUCGGCCUCGCGCCCGAUGCGUCCGGUAAGGCUCUUCGCAUUGCGCUGCAAGACACAGGGCGGGCGCUGGUCGGGCAGGCCUCUGCUGUUGCGCAUCACGUUCUCGUCUGUCCGGACGACGGAGUCGUGGCUGUCGCUGCCUCCAACGGCGGUAACGCUCCUGCGCUCCUCGCUGACGUUCUCGACAAGGUCGGUGGCGGGCGCGGCGGCGGAUCGCCGCACUUUGCGCAAGGUAAGCCGGCCGGCCGAGUCGAUGCCAACUCCAUUGUUGCCGCGCUCGACUCGGACAACUAAAUGCUGGGCG